UCCUAAUUUAUGAGCAUUGAUAUAACAUAAUGCAGACAUGCUGCAAUCAUACUCUUAUGGCAUCGUCGCCAUAUUACAUUUCAUUCAAUGCUUGUGAUUACAAGCUUGCAGCUAAAUUCACACGAUAUUGCACACAUACAUACAGGCGAGGUUCGCAACAAUCAACACCUACCCUACUCUAUGGCUGGUAUUCACAGUUGCAACUUAUUUCUAAGCUGGGCUAGCUUAAGCAUUUGCUUAGAAAAGUAAAUGCUUAUCGGUGUAGAUUCACAGUCGAUGCUUAAGAAAGUCUUAAGCUCUUAUGAAUUCAUAGUCGAAUAAGUCCGCCUUAUUUGUAAAAAACGAGUUCUUAUUUGGCUUCAUUGAGGUUAUGUUUUUAAGUCGACGAUAUUGAGGACUUAAGCACGCGUUUGAAGGUGUUAUUGUGCAGUGAUGGGACUGGAGGGAAUAGGUUAGGGUACACGUAUACGGUAAAAGAGAUUAAAAUUACCGAUCCCUCCUGCGAUGCAGCUGUUAAUUUGUUUGCGGUAUUAUGCUACUGCAAGUUUUCAACUUAUUCUGGGAGACAAUGAAUGUUUCUCAGCCCACAGUCUCCCGCAUAGUAUUUAGGGUGAGUUCACUAAUAGGCAGUCUGAUGACGGACUAUAUCAAGUUUCCCAGGGAUCCGGACAAUUCCACUAAAAAUCGCAGGUUAUUGAAUAAUUUGGGACAAGGAAACGGAGCUAUUAGUUUACCAGGUGUGGAUGGUGCUAUUGAUUGCACCCACAUUAGAUUAACAGCAUCCAGGUUCAACAACAUGGAAGAAAUGUACAGAAAUAGAAAAGGAUAUUUUUCAUUGAAUGUUCAGGUACAAUGAAAUCCAGAUCAGGACCCGACAGAUAGUAGAAAGAACGUUCGGUGUUUGGAAGCGCCGUUUUCCAUGUCUUACAAGGGGUUUAACAACGAAGUUCUUAUGUUCAACAACAACGGUAGUUGCAUGUGCUGUGUUGCAUGCUUUAGCCCUAAUUUUCAAUGACAUUCUUGUAGAAGAAGAUGAAAUUGAAAACCAAAAUGAAGAUGGAGAAGAAUUAUUAGGAAACGUGGAAAAUGUUAAUGGCAUUGAUGGAUUUGCUACACGUGAAGCACUCAUUGCUUGUACGUUUCAUUGAGUAAUUGUGUCAAAUGAAAUGUAAUAAGGGGUUUUUUAUGCCUAUCGAGCCAAUAAAUAAUCAUUAUUCUUUGGGCUCAAA